GUGCGGCUCUGCAAUCUGCUCAGUGCGACCUCCCUGCAGCAUCCUCGCUGCCCGGAGGAGAGGGCACUUCGCCCAAACCGCUUUAGCUCCGCACUUAACGUGCGCGGUGGAGCCGUGGAGUGUGGGGGGGAAGCGGAGGGAGGGAGCGGGAAGCCCCGCGGAGGUGGCAGAGAAAGAGAAGCCGUAACACUGUGCUUCCUCCCCCCGGCUCCGAAGAGGAGGAGCGGGGGGGGAGCUCCAAAGCCACUUUGGGCGAUGCGCCGCUGCGCGGGGAGGUCUGCGCGGAGCAUCCUCCUGGCAGCUUGAAAGCCGGGUGCGCUCCCCGCUCUCCCGUGGAUGCUUCCCCCCCCUUCCACACACGCGUGUUCCUGCCUCGGCCGCGCUCCAGCGCAGCCCCCCGCGGCCCAGCCGGCCGGCAGUGGUACCCUCUGGUGAGUGAAGGUUUGGUUACUUGCACCCCUUCUUGCUAAUCUUUGCCAAAACAUUUGUCAUCUGCAAGGAAGGGGUUUCACUUGGAUAGGGGAAAAUAUAAAUCCAGUCCCCAAAGCGAAGGAAAAAUUUUGAAAUGCAGAGAGGCUUAUUUGCUGUCGCAAAUGGGAAUCUGGAAUAACUAUGAAAAACACACUGAAAUAAUUGUGUUUGACUGGAACAAAAUUCUUGCAAAGUCCCCAAGGAUGAGAUUCUGUGCCAAAUCAAUGCUUCUAUCUGACUGGCUCUUUCUGGUCUAUGUGUUAAUGGUCUGCUGUAAAUUGUUGUCCGCCUCUAGCCACCAUCCCCGUGGGCACACAGGCCAGCACCAAGUCAAGCAAGGGACAUGUGAAGUUGUGGCAGUGCAUCGCUGCUGCAAUAAGAACCGGAUUGAAGAACGAUCGCAAACAGUCAAGUGUUCCUGCUUCCCAGGGCAGGUGGCUGGUACUACAAGGGCUCAGCCCUCAUGUGUGGAAGCUUCCAUUGUCCUACAGAAGUGGUGGUGUCAUAUGAACCCCUGUUUGGAUGGAGAGGACUGUAAAGUACUACCAGACUAUUCAGGUAACACGGUAGCAAAGAAUAAACCUGUGGGUCGCUUCCAGAACAAUGGCAUGUGCAACUGUUCCGUGGCUGUUACACAGAGACCCUUUUUUGUGAUGAUGUUAUUGACUUCUUUGAAGUUGCAGAACUAGUCGGCAAAAAGGACAAUACUUUUCCUUUCAACUGUGGCUGCAGUUCCUGAACCUGGAUUUUACUAUACAGAAUGCUACAUUUUAAUUUCACAAGAAAAAGAAGAUUUGGUUCUACUUGAAAUGCACCUUGGAUUCCUAAGGAUCUGAUGCCUGGCACAAAAUUGUGAAAACACACACCUGUACUUCUGCGGUGCAUCAAGGAUAAGACUUUCUUAAUGACAUUAAGACAUGUAAAAUAGUUUUAAAUGAAUUUACAUCAUGAAUGUAACCUAGGGGGUCAUAGAAAGAAAAUGCCUAUGUUACAACUGAUACAGAUGAUCUUAAAGGUCUUUUCCAACCCAAAUGAUUCUAUGGAUUUGUCUGAGGUACUUCUCACAUACAGUGCAACAUAAAAAUAUAAAUCUGAUCCCAAUGAUAAGUGAGCCAAAAGAACAGUGUUAGUAAAUUAUGUCUUAGUGUGUUUUCAACUGUGAUUUAGUAACUAUCAGGGUUGUAUGAAGGUGAAAGGAUGGAACUUAUAAAUUAGUAGCAAUUAUUGUAGGGCAUACUUUGGUUAUAUCUGUGCAAUUAGAUUUAUUUCCUUAGCUAGUUCUAGGUAGUUUAACUUUUACAUUCAUAAGUGAUGGCAGGAAAGCAUGAGGAAGAGACAAAAUUUGAAAGUAGACAUAGUUUUUCUCAUCCUAAAAUAAAUCCAUUCUCCAGGGGAAUAGCGAAGUAUUCCAUAUCUAGAUUCAAAGAGGCAAGGAAUAUGUAAAGAAUUUAGCCAUUAGCUAGAAAUAUGCAUUCAGAUGCCUCAAAAAAAGGAGAGCAUGCUUGUACUGCAUAAGGAAGGCUUACUGGAAGGAGAGUAAUUUGUUUGGAUUUUCAUAGCUCUGGUUGCACCCUAAUAGGUAACAUAAAAUUCAUAAGCAGAAAUCUAGACACAAGUGAAUCUUCAGUUUCAUUUAGUUCUUGUUUAGAAUGAUUAUAAUAAUUAAAUGUCCAGUUCCUUGACAGACUGAAUUUCCAAGUGGUUAAAUUUUGUGACACAUAAUUGUUCCAUAUUAUUGUAGAUGCGUUUCAUACUGUUUUUCUUAUUUGCCUGUUACAGUUUUGUCAUCAGUCUUCAUAAAUACAACAGUAAGUAGAGGUGAAGCUGUAGCCAGUCUGUUCCCCAUUACAUCAUUUAGUGACUAAGAUGCAUUGAAGCAGACUAAUGCAACGAUGCAGAUGGCUAUCAUGCAGAUGAACUGCUGCUGACCCAGAUACUGAAUUCAUGGUUAUGCUUUAUGUAAAUAUUAGGGUAACAAUGUACAAUUAAUUUUUAUAUAGACAGAAAAGCAAAAAAAAAAAAAUUAAGUGUAUUGUACUAAUUUAGAUCAUUGUGCACAAGCUUUCUAAUUUAUGAGAAAGAUACCAUCAGCAGUGUGAAGCUGUUCAGAAUAAUAAUCAUUAGCUUUUGAUUUGCUAGAGUGAGUGGGAGUAUUCAGCCAGGUAGUUCUAUCGAAGUCAGUGGUGGGAAGAUCUGGCCCUGUGUUUUUUAGUUUUGAUUUCUCUGGUUUAGUUCACUUUCAAUUAUGUAUCUGAUUACAGCUGGGAUCAUAGUGGUCAUUGUACUCAGUGAUAAGUAAACAAGAGAUUUUCUGCUCUGUGCUUGGACAGCUGAACAGCUAAUAGACUCUGUUUGCCCUAAUGAGCUCUACAUUCUUAAUAUUUUUCCAUUGUUUUGAUUUUCUGAUUAAAUUUUAAAAUUACCUUUACUA